AUGGAGCGGCUGGCGGCGCCGGGCGAGGUGCGCAUGAGCCAGGCCAUCCAGCCGGCGCACGCCAACGCCCGCGGGGAGCUGAGCGCCGGGCAGCUGCUCAAGUGGAUUGACACCACCGCCUGCCUGGCCGCUGAAAAACAUGCCGGGGUUUCCUGUGUCACAGCCUCAGUGGAUGACAUUCAAUUUGAGGAAACAGUUAAAGUUGGACAAGUUAUAACCAUCAAAGCAAAAGUUACUAGAGCAUUCAGCACAAGCAUGGAGAUCAGUAUCAAGGUCAUAGUACAGGACACAUUGAUGGACAUUGAGAAACUUGUUAGUGUGGCUUUCUCUACAUUUGUAGCCAAACCAGUUGGAAAAGAAAAGAUUCACUUAAAACCAGUCAUACUUCUAACUGAACAAGAUCAAGUGGAGCAUAAUCUGGCUUCUGAGAGAAGGAAAGUUCGAUUACAACAUGAAGAUACUUUUAACAACUUAAUGAAGGAAAGUAGCAGCUUCGAAGAUCCUGCUUGUGGUGAAGAGGAAGGGACCGUGGCCACCAGGGGCACUGCUGUUCAGAGCAUUGAACUUGUGCUGCCACCCCACGCAAACCAUCACGGGAACACAUUUGGUGGCCAGAUUAUGGCUUGGAUGGAGACAGUGGCAACUAUUUCUGCAAGCCGCCUGUGUAAGGGGCAUCCCUUUCUGAAGUCUGUGGACAUGUUUAAGUUCCGGGGACCAUCUACAGUCGGAGACCGUCUUGUCUUCAACUCCAUUGUCAACAAUACAUUUCAGACCUGCGUGGAGGUUGGAGUGCGCGUGGAGGCCUUCAACUGUCAGGAAUGGUCCGAAGGCCGAGGCCGCCACAUCAACAGUGCUUUUCUCAUUUAUAAUGCUGUUGAUGAUAAGGAAGAACUCAUCAUCUUCCCCAGAAUUGAACCCAUUUCAAAGGAUGAUUUUAGACGCUAUCGGGGAGCUAUUGCACGCAAGAGAAUACGCCUUGGCAGGAAAUACGUUAUUUCUCACAAAGAAGAAGUUCCACUCUGCAUACAGUGGGAUGAAAGCAAGCAGGCAUCAUUGAGUAAUGGCAAUGUGGAGGCAUUCAGAAAGCUGGCGGCUAAAAGGGGCUGGGAGGUUAUCAGCUCUUCAAAAAAGAUAAAAAUAUAUACUCUGGAAGAGCAAGAUGUUUUAUCUGUUUGGGUUGAAAAACAUGUGAAAAGCCCAGCAAACUUGGCUUAUUGUCUCUUGUCGGACUUUACAAAGCGACCUCUGUGGGACCCCCAUUACAUGUUCUGUGAAGUCAUAGACAGGGUGAACGAGAAUGAUCAAAUAUAUUACAUCAUCUGCUCUGAGGUCAAUGGUGACAAACCCAAAGACUUCAUAGUACUUGUAUCACGAAGAAAGCCUCUCAAAGAUGGCAACACCUACAUGGUGGCAGCCAAGUCAAUCAUCCUGCCAUCAGUCCCACCGUCUCCACAGUACAUCAGAAGUGAAGUCAUAUGUGCUGGAUUUCUUAUCGAGGCUAUUGAUAGUACUUCAUGCACUGUGUCUUACCUUAACCAGAUGUCAGCUAGCAUCCUUCCAUACUUUGCUGGAAAUCUUGGUGGCUGGUCAAAAUCCAUUGAAGAAGCAGCAGCCUCUUGUAUUAAAUUCAUAGAGAAUGCUACUGAUGAUGGACCUAUCAGUGGACUUUAA